UAUUGAAUUCUUAUUUUGUGUUUUAGACUGGACAACUUCAAGAAUACAAAGAACGCAAACGAAUGAACACCGACGUAGUUUGUAUGGCAUUGGCGAAUGUAGCUCCUGGAGAAUUACGUUCAUGGUUUUUAGCGGUUGGUUUAGCUGAUAACACCGUAAAAAUAAUUUCGUUAGAUCCAAGUGAUUGUUUAUCACAAAGAUCAAUGCAAGCUUUACCAGUUUGUCCAGAAUCUCUUUGUAUAGUACAAAUGGGUUGUACAGAAAACGAUCCGAAAGAUGCAGCUGCUGCAAGUACAGCAAGUUCUUUAUACUUAAACAUUGGGCUUCAAAAUGGGGCUUUAUUACGAACCGUUCUCGAUCCUGUAACGGGAAAUUUAACAGAUACGCGUACAAGAUAUUUGGGUUCAAGACCGGUUAAAUUGUUUCGAAUAAGAAUGCAAAAAUCUGAAGCUGUUUUGGCGAUGAGUUCGCGAUCUUGGUUGAGUUAUUAUUAUCAAAGUCGAUUUUAUUUAACUCCGUUAUCUUAUGAAAGUUUGGAGUACGCGUCUGGAUUUAGUUCUGAACAAUGUCCUGAAGGAAUUGUGGCGAUAUCAACAAACACUUUAAGAAUUUUGGCUUUAGAAAAACUUGGAGCUGUUUUCAAUCAGAUUUCGUUUCCGUUGGAAUAUACCCCAAGGAAAUUUGUUAUCCAUCCAGAAACUUCUACCUUAAUUAUGUUGGAAACUGAACAUAACGCAUACACUGAAGAAACUAAAAAACAAAGGCGAUUGCAGAUGGCCGAAGAAAUGAAAGAAGCUGCUGGAGAAGAGGAACAAGAGUUAGCCAAAGAAAUGGCUGAAGCGUUUUUGAAUGAAGAUUUACCUGAGAAUGUUUUUUCAGCGCCUAAAGCUGGGCAUGGAAUGUGGGCGUCUGUGUUAAGGAUUAUGGAUCCUGUACAAGGAACUUUAUACAAAAUGUUAAGAUUAGAACAAAACGAAGCCGCAAUGUGUUUAACCCUAAUUAAAUUCCACGGUCAACCAGAACAUCAAUGGUUUUUAGUUGUGGGAGUCGCAAGAGAUUUUCAAUUAAAUCCGAGACAAUGCAACAGUGGUUUUUUGAACACUUACAAAGUGGAUAUGAAUUGCAGAGAAUUAGAUUUGGUCCAUAAAACGCCUCUUGAUGAAGUUCCAUACGCUUUGUGUUCGUAUAAUGGGCGAUUAUUAGCUGGGGUUGGGAAAAUAUUGAGAAUGUAUGAUCUGGGGAAAAUGAAGUUAUUACGAAAAUGUGAAAAUAAGCACAUCCCCAAUUUAAUAAUCGAUAUCCAAGCGAUGGGAAAACGCAUUUACGUUUCCGACGUCCAAGAAUCAAUCUACAUGAUUCGCUACAAACGUGCUGAAAAUCAACUGAUUAUUUUUGCUGAUGAUACUCACCCAAGAUGGAUUACAUGCACCUCCGUUUUAGAUUAUGACACAGUCGCGUGCGCUGAUAAAUUUGGAAACAUAUCAAUAGUGAGAUUACCUCCAAAUAGUAGUGAUGAUGUGGAUGAAGACCCCACAGGAAAUAAAGCACUUUGGGAUCGUGGAUUACUAAAUGGGGCGUCACAAAAAGCCGAUAAUGUUGCUACUUUUCAUGUUGGAGAGACGGUGACGUGGUUACAAAAAGCUACCUUGAUUCCUGGAGGGUGGGAAUCAUUGAUUUAUACAACCGUUUCUGGUACGGUUGGUGUUUUGGUGCCGUUUACUUCACAUGAGGAUCACGAUUUUUUCCAACAUUUGGAAAUGCAUAUGAGGAGUGAAAAUCCACCGCUUUGCGGGCGGGAUCAUUUAUCAUUUAGAAGUUAUUAUUUCCCUGUUAAGAACGUUAUUGAUGGAGACCUCUGCGAACAGUACAACUCAUUAGAUCCUAAUAAACAAAAAAGUAUUGCUCAAGAUCUUGAAAGGACCCCAGCGGAAGUUUCAAAGAAACUUGAAGACAUCAGAACGAGAUAUGCAUUCUAAUUUUUUAAAACUAAGUCU